AUGGGGCUGUUCCGACCCCCAGGGGGCUGUGAGUACGGGACUGUAUGUGUAUAGCAACGCUAAGCUGGAGUGUGUGUGUCGGGUUACCCCUGUCUGUCCUAGAGCUGACGUGGACUAAAACUUGCCUCGGGUGUUUGUCUGUGUUUCUUUCAGAAUUGUCUGUGGAUAAUUCAAUGGAAGAUAGAGAACAUUCCAGUUAACAUUGUUCUCUUUCAGAAUUGGCUGUGGAUAAUUCAAUGGAAGAUAGAGAACAUUCCAGUUAACAUUGUUCUCUUUCAGAAUUGGCUGUGGAUAAUUCCAUGGAAGAUGGAGAACAUUCCAGCCAACAUUAUUCUCUUGUGUGAUGCUGUUCUUUUCUCUGUAGUUCUUUUCUCUCAGAUUCUUUCUACAGGCUUCUGUUGCUCAUCACAGUGACGCUUGAUUAGAUCUGAACACUUAAUUAGUUUAAUUGAUGUCAUUAAAUGAAUUGGCCCACACAGCUACAGUGGGAUUGAGUUAUAGUGAUCUGGGAUGGAUGGAAUACACUCUCUCUUUAGUUUAAUGACACACACGUGCGCACGCAUGGACACAAGCACACACACACUAUUUGUGGUGGCAUGGAACACUAAUGGUGUGGUUGUAUAAGAGAAGAGGGUGUGUGUAUGUGUGUCUGUGUGUGUGUGUGUGUGUGUGUUUGUGUGAGUGCAGGUGUUGUACAGUUUUAAUCCUGUGAUUAAGAGGUGCCACAUGAGCAUCCUGUCGCCCCUCUCUGAUCCUCCAUCUGCGGUGUGAUCACACACACACUCAAUGAAAUACCUCAUGGUUCAAACAGACUGAAAUAUCUCAACACCUAUGUGUGUCCAGACCUCAGUAUUUCCACAACUGAAACUUCCUACCAGCUCUCAUAGUCUCACGUCAGAAUUAGACGUUCAUCCAUGUUUCUUUAAGGUUAAGUUCAGGCAUUUACUCCAAAUUCGUAAGGUUAGGCAUUAACUCCGAAUGGUUAAGGUAAUGGUUAUGGUUUGGGAUAGGCUUAAAACAAAAAUGUAUAUCGCUGGAUUUGAACUUGCAACCUUUAGAAUCAGAGGCAGAUGCUUACGCCUAUAUGCCAUCCCCGUCUACAACACCUACUUGAAGGUAACAGCGCUCACUGUUGCCCCUAGGGGCCGGUUUCCACGUCGUCUCCAGACGUCCUUAGACAUGGAUGGACGUCAAAUACUGACUUGUAUGACGGGUGGCCUGGCUGGAAACGUUCCCUGCUACAGAACCAGCUCAGUGACCAUAUGAGUUGAUACUCAUCACGUAAACAUAGCUACACUAGCAAGACAUACAGUGGGGAAAAUAAGUAUUUAGUCAGCCACCAAUUGUGCAAGUUCUCCCACUUAAAAAGAUGAGAGAGGCCUGUAAUUUUCAUCAUAGGUACACGUCAACUAUGACAGACAAAAUGAGAAAAAAAAAUCCAGAAAAUCACAUUGUAGGAUUUUUUAUGAAUUUAUUUGCAAAUUAUGGUGGAAAAUAAGUAUUUGGUCAAUAACAAAAGUUUCUCAAUACUUUGUUAUAUACCCUUUGUUGGCAAUGACACAGGUCAAACGUUUUCUGUAAGUCUUCACAAGGUUUUCACACACUGUUGCUGGUAUUUUGGCCCAUUCCUCCAUGCAGAUCUCCUCUAGAGCAGUGAUGUUUUGGGGCUGUCGCUGGGCAACACGGACUUUCAACUCCCUCCAAAGAUUUUCUAUGGGGUUGAGAUCUGGAGACUGGCUAGGCCACUCCAGGACCUUGAAAUGCUUCUUACGAAGCCACUCCUUCGUUGCCCGGGCGGUGUGUUUGGGAUCAUUGUCAUGCUGAAAGACCCAGCCACGUUUCAUCUUCAAUGCCCUUGCUGAUGGAAGGAGGUUUUCACUCAAAAUCUCACGAUACAUGGUCCCAUUCAUUCUUUCCUUUACACGGAUCAGUCGUCCUGGUCCAUUUGCAGAAAAAACAGCCCCAAAGCAUGAUGUUUCCACCCCAAUGCUUCACAGUAGGUAUGGUGUUCUUUGGAUGCAACUCAGCAUUCUUUGUCCUCCAAACACGACGAGUUGAGUUUUUACCAAAAAGUUCUAUUUUGGUUUCAUAUGACAUUCUACCAAUCCUCUUCUGGAUCAUCCAAAUGCACUCGAGCAAACUUCAGACAGGCCUGGACAUGUACUGGCUUAAGCAGGGGGACACGUCUGGCACUGCAGGAUUUUAGUCCCUGGCGGCGUAGUGUGUUACUAAUGGUAGGCUUUGUUACUUUGGUCCCAGCUCUCUGCAGGUCAUUCACUAGGUCCCCCUGUGUGGUUCGGGAUUUUUGCUCACCGUUCUUGUGAUCAUUUUGACCCCACGGGGUGAGAUCUUGCGUGGAGCCCCAGAUCGUGGGAGAUUAUCAGUGGUCUUGUAUGUCUUCCAUUUCCUAAUAUUUGCUCCCACAGUUGAUUUCUUCAAACCAAGCUGCUUACCUAUUGCAGAUUCAGUCUUCCCAGCCUGGUGCAGGUCUACAAUUUUG